GCUUGAUAUGGAUGUGGAAAAUAAUAUUCAGAAAUAUCACAUUAAUUUACAGCCCUUGGAAUCAAAAGUGAAAGUCAUUCAGAGAGCAUGGCGUGAAUAUCUACAGCGUCAAGAUAUACAGAACCAAGAUCAGUUGGAGAAGCGCAGUCCAUCACCACCCUCCUUGUCAUCUGACAAAAUGAGCAGUUCUAUCAGCAUGAACACCUUUUCAGACGGCAGCACUCCUGAUGGCAUGGAUCUAGGCAGCGACCCCUGCAGCAGCCGCUCCAGUUCGGAAUCCAGUUCCAGCAAAGUCACCCCUUGCUCGGAAUGCAAAUCCUCCCCUUCGCCCACCAGCCUGGACUUGGCUGUUUUGGGGGAUUCCGAGGAGGAAGAGGGAGAGGAAGGAGACGAAGACGAGGAGGAGGAGGAGGAGGAAGGCGAGGACUUCCAGGUCUACAGCCAGAGGAAAGAGCCUGAUGUGUGGGAGGAAGAGGAGGCUGGGAGCGAUGCCCGCUGCUAUGGCAAAACCGCCCCUGCCAGGAGGAGUUUAGCCCAGGAGCUGGAGGAGGUGAGGAGUGCCAGCCUGGCCAUCCCUGCCAUGCCACCCCCGGCCCCCAAGGGCAACCCAAAUCCUCUCCAGCACCACCACAGCCACCCUCUGCAUCCUCAUCCAUUGGACCUCCGGCACAAUGCCAACGUGGUGGUGCCCCUGAGCCGCAGGACUGGGCAUAAAAGGGUCGGGGGCUAUGGCAGAGCCCCUCGCCUCCAGAAAGCCCAGCCUCCCCCGGGGGGCAAGCUCAGCAAUGGGCUCCCCCCCCUGGUUUCUUUGCCCCCUUUGGAGGAUUCCUCGGGAGGGAGGACGGGCUUGAAAGAGCAGGAGCCCCAGCUGCCCACUAUGGACUGGGAAGCGCUGGAGAAACAUCUGGCCGGGCUGCAGUUCCUAGAGCAGGAGAGCCAAAAGAACCAGAAGAGCAACUACACCUCAGCUCAGAAAAAUGAGAGAGAGUCUAUCAGGCAAAAAUUGGCACUUGGAAGUUUCUUUGAUGAUGGCCCAGGAAUUUACACCAGCUGUAGUAAAAGUGGCAAGCCAAGUCUUUCUUCUCGGUUACAAAGUGGGAUGAAUCUGCAAAUAUGUUUUGUAAAUGACAGUGGCAGUGACAAAGACAGUGAUGCAGAUGACAGCAAGACUGAAACAAGCCUGGAUACACCUUUAUCCCCCAUGAGCAAGCAAAGUUCUUCCUAUUCUGACAGAGACACUACUGAAGAGGAAUCAGAGUCCCUGGAUGACAUGGAUUUUCUCUCUAGGCAAAAGAAACUUCAAGCUGAAGCCAAAAUGGCAUUGGCAAUGGCAAAACCAAUGGCAAAAAUGCAAGUAGAGGUGGAAAAGCAAAACAGGAAAAAAUCUCCAGUAGCUGAUCUUCUGCCACAUAUGCCUCAUAUAAGUGAAUGCUUGAUGAAAAGAAGUUUAAAACCCACAGACCUGAGAGAUAUGACAAUUGGGCAGCUACAAGUGAUAGUCAAUGAUCUACAUUCACAAAUAGAAAGCUUGAAUGAAGAAUUGGUGCAGCUGCUGCUUAUUCGAGAUGAAUUGCACACAGAACAGGAUGCUAUGCUGGUAGACAUUGAAGAUUUGACCAGACAUGCUGAAAGUCAGCAGAAGCACAUGGCUGAGAAAAUGCCAACAAAAUAAAAAGAGAAAGCAUCAGACUGGAGAACAAGCUAGAACUUUUUUUUUUUUUUUUUUGCUUCUGUGGUUGUACAAACGCUGAUGCCCCACAUGUGGCACACAAGAACCCAGUGUUAGUCAUUGAUUCCGGGUGCAGUCUGCCAAGCACAAGGAACCCCGCACGAAACCCCCUUUGAACCGAAUGGUGGAUGCACCACACCAAUGCUUGGUGAAUUGCUCCCGAUGUCUGAAGCUUUAUGUCCAGUGAUUGGCCUAUGCUUUUUAAUUUAUUUGCUGUCGGGGGGGGGGGGGGGGGGGGGGAGUUUGUUUUUGUUUUUUACUUGUGCCACUAAAUAUUGGACAGUUCAAUAAUCUUAUUGUAGAACAAAAUGUACAGUACUUAUAAACAUUGCAAACAUGAAAGAAGAAGAGAGAUGAUAGUUUAACUUUUAUUUUUGUUUAUUUAGAGACUUUUAAGUUAAACUGUAUUUUACCAUUGACUACUUUUUAUUGUUCCACCAUAGUUUUUAAAAAAACAAGACUGUAAUUUGACGGUGCUAUUACAAGUAAAAAGAAGAACAUAAAUGCCUGCCUUGUAGUGAAGUUGUAGCUUUCAGUAAUAUGUAUAUUUUAAUCAGUUUUCAACAUUUUGUGAAUGUUGACUACCUGACAUUCAUUUUUAGAUGUGCUAUUAACAUGCAGUUGGGUUGAAAGAGCUACCUUGAAAGUUUUAUGUAUAAAUAUGUAAAAUAAAAAUUAAAAAUUUC